CAUCGAUAAUUUCACAGCUGUAGAACAAAGCAGCGAGCAAUUGCGUCUCAUUAAUAAAAAAAAACGAAAAUAAAUAUUAAAGCGAAUCAAGUUAAAGAUCAAAAUGUCGGAGAUAAAGGCGUUGGAGCACGCCACACUGAAAGUGCCAUACGAAAUACUAAACAAACGCUUUCGCUCGGCCCAAAAGAUAAUCGACCGAGAAGUGGACCAAGUGAUGAAUGUAUCGAGACAGGUGGAAAAGGCCUUGGACGCAACUGAGGAGGAUCAGGAGCCUGCAACGCUUGCGGAGGUGACCAAACUGAUGGGAAAUGUGGCCCAAAAGCUGCAGGUGCUAAAGCGCAAGGCGGACGAGAGCAUAACGGACGAGCUGAGCGUCACACAGAUCUGCAAGCGUAAGUUGGAGCAUCUCAAGGGGAUUAUGCCACAGAAUCGCAGCACUGGCGAAGUGUGUCAGGGUUCGGUGGAUCAAUGGAAGCGCAUACGACUGGAUCGUCUGGUCAUUGAGCAUCUGUUGCGCAUGGGGUACUAUGAGACGGCCGAGGAGCUUGCCGCACGCUCCGAUGUUCGUCAUCUGACCAAUCUGGACAUAUUCCAAACCUCACGUGAGGUGGAGGAUGAUCUGGCCAAUCAUAGCACUACCAAGUGUGUACUUUGGUGCAUUGACAACAAGUCAAAGCUGCGUAAAAUCAAUUCAACUAUUGAGUUUAGUCUGCGUGUGCAGGAAUUCAUUGAGCUAGUGCGUCAGAAUCAACGCUUUGAGGCGGUGAAGCACUCCAGACGCUACUUUCCAGCUUAUGAGAAGACGCAGCUGAAUGAGAUCUGUCAUGUGAUGGCACUUCUCGCCUAUCCUGUCGACACUGACCUGGAUCACUGCAAGAGAUACAUGGAUCCCAAGCGCUGGGAGCAACUUGUCUUGGACUUUCGCCAUGAGAACUAUCGCCUCUUCCAACUAUCGAAUACAUCAGUAUUUUCAGCAGCCGUUCAGGCUGGUUUAUCAGCGUUAAAGACGCCACAAUGCUACUCACAGACCUGUCGCAAUCUCAAUUGUCCCGUCUGCCAGGAGGAUCUCAAUCGGAUUGCGCUCAAGUUGCCCUAUUCCCAUUGUGUGCAGAGUCGUCUCAUUUGCCGGGUCACUGGACUCCCACUCAACGAGCACAAUCAGCCCAUGAUGUUGCCAAAUGGACAAAUCUAUGGCCAGCAGGCGCUGAGGAAGAUCACCAAAGAGGAUGGCACCACAACUUGCCCCGUAACCAAUGUCAAAUUCACAAAACCCAAAAUCGAAAAAGUCUUUAUCAUGUAAACGGAACUAACACUCAAUCUGUCAGCCAGGGACAUUUAUUGUUUUAAGUUUUCAAACAAAUAUUCAAUUUUAUUGUUUACAAAUCACUUAACGGAAUCACUUUUAUGUUUAAACAAAAAAGUUACGGAAUAAGAUUUAAUUAAGAAAUUUUAUUUUAAAUUUA